UUAUAAUGACAUGUUAUGACGUGGAUGCAACGCACUAUUUAAAUUAAUUUGUUGCUUAAGAUAAAUGUUCUUAAUGAUGUUGAUAAUGUGACACGAUAGAUAGAUAAACUGCGUGGCAUUCUACAAAAUAUUCUAACUAUACAAUUUUAAAAGUUAUGUUAGUUUAAUCAUUAUGGGUAAAAUAUUGUUUCUCCAUCCUGAUCUCGGUAUUGGAGGUGCAGAGCGCCUAGUGGUUGAUGCUGCAUUGGCUUUAAAGCAAAAGGGACACAGUGUGCAGUUUGUGACAAACCAUCAUGAUCCUAAUCAUUGUUUUGAAGAAACGAGAGAUGGUAGUUUGAAUAUAACAGUUGUAGGAGAUUGGAUACCUAGACAUCUUGCAGGAAAAUUCUAUGCAUUUUGGGCAUACCUUCGAUUGCUGUAUGCUGCUUUAUACAUGUUAGUGUUUAUUGUUCCAUAUGAGAAACCCGAUAUAAUUUUUUGUGAUCAAAUUUCAAUUGCGAUACCUAUCUUAAGGCUGUUCUCUUUCAAGAGAUUUUCAGUUAUUUUCUAUUGUCAUUUUCCUGACUUGUUACUAAGUAAGCCAGGUGGUUUAUUAAAAACUUAUUAUCGCAAGCCUUUGAAUUGGUUAGAGGAGUAUACUACAAGUAAAGCAGACGUGAUUCUAGUUAAUAGCAAAUUCACAUCAAGAGUAUUUAAAUCUACAUUUAAAACAAUAUCAACAUCACCAGAUAUAUUAUAUCCAUCAAUCAAUACCAAAAAUAUUGAUAAUACUCACAUACCUGAGGAAGUAGAUGGUAUUGAAUCCAAUGUAAAGUUUAUACUAUCGAUAAAUCGUUUUGAACGCAAGAAAGAUAUUUCACUGGUAUUAAAUUCAUUUGCAAAAUUUCGAGCUUUGAGUAAUGAUGAUAAUUUAAAAUUAAUUAUUAUUGGUGGGUAUGAUGAAAGAGUUAUAGAAAAUGUUGAAUAUUAUGAAGAGCUCCAGACAUUGGCCAAAUCUCUGGAUGUCAGCUCUGAAGUCACAUUUCUGAAAUCACCAAGUGAUGCAAUUAAAUAUUAUUUGCUGAAACACUGCGUAAGUUUAAUUUAUUCACCCCAAAAUGAACAUUUUGGAAUAGUUCCACUAGAAGCAAUGUAUAUGGGAAAACCCGUAAUUGCUUGCAAUAGUGGAGGACCAACAGAGACUGUAAUGGAUUCUGUGACUGGAUUUUUGUGUGACCCAGAUCCUGAUAAAUUUGCUAAAGCUAUAGUAAAUAGCAUAGAACGAUCUGAUGAAUUGGGUAGAAAAGGAGAAGAACUAUUCAAAACAAGAUUUUCAUUCAGUGCUUUUUCUGAUCAAUUGAAUCAUAUAAUUUCAAAUCAAAUGAAAAGAAAACAUGUAGCACAUAAGUCUAAAUAA